CCAGAGAAGAGAGUCUAAGUCAAUCACUUUGUCUCAUUCUCCCGCGAAAGGCGCCGCAGUACGCGCCCUCCUCCACGCCCUCCCAGGAGUAACACCCGCCGUUCUCGUCUCCGCUAUUUAACGACAGCGCCAAAGCAUCCGCCACCUUCCGUGCAACCUUCAGACCACCGUCGCUUCUCAGCGGGUCGGAGCAUUAGCAUGCGACCACCCUCAUCCGCCCUCCGCCAGCCCCGCAUUUGCUUUUGAGUUGACUCAAAAGCAGCCCCGCAUUUUCGGACCCUUCCCCGUCACGUGCUGCGCUGUGCGUUCCGGAAAGGUGGUACUUAACCGCGCCGACUGACGAAGCAACGCCGAAUCAGACCAGCGCGAUGCGUCGCUGACGUGUCCGCACCGCACCGCAUGUCGCGCUAGCAGUCUUGUCCCGCUGUAGCGUUAGCGAUACCGAUAGCGAGCUCGAGUUCGACCAAUGGGCGUCAAGCUUCAGAUUCAGCUUCUCGAGGCGCGCGGCCUGCCGCCGAAGGACAAUGGCGGCGCUCGAGACGCGUUCGCGCGGCUCCAGAUGGGCGCCUCGAAGGCGCGGAGCAGCACUGUAGCGAAGGACAACGAUCCGACGUGGCAGGAGGAAUUUCUCUUCUCGGUCAGCGAUGCGGAAAAAGACGAGCUACUGGUGACGGUGUGGGAUAAGAGCGUGUUUAUUGGGGAGGAAUUUCUCGGGCAGCUUGUGCUGCCCGUGCGACAGGUGAUGGCGUGCGACGGCCACGAGCUCCAGGCGACGUGGUUACCGUUACAGAACCGACCCGUGCGACCGCGCGCGACGGUUUCAGGCGACAUUCUCGUUUCCGCCAGCCUGUGGGGAUUUUCGUCGUUAGUGGCGGAAUCCGUCUCCCCUUCCACCUUCCCCUCCAGCCCCGUCCUUCCGCCCACUCCUCCCCAAUCCGCCCCUUCCCCCGACCACUCGCCUUCCCCCGUUCCCUCUUCUUCCCCCAACCCCGCGCCUUCCCCCCUCCCCGCGCCUCCCCCCGCCCUCAUCAGUACUCUCAGCUUCGCCUUUCCUAAACCUGCCUCCGCUCCCCCUCUCUCCGCCCCUCCCCCCUCCGCCGCUCCCCCCGCUUCCGCUCCGCCCUCCUCCCCCCCCCUGAAGCCCGCCCUACGUCGCCAUACAGGCGCAUCCGGUACAGUCACAGCUGGCGCUCCCCCCACGUGCAGUCAAAGGGACGAGCCCCCUUCCGCCAAUGGGGGGGAGGAGGCGGAAGUGGGGGGCGGAGCGGGGGAGGAGAGGCGGGGAGAGGGGUUGGCUAAAGGGGAAGGGGAACGGGACGGGGAGGGGGGAAGUGAAGACGAUGGGGAGACCCCGUACUCUCAGAGUACAGAGAAGGAGGAAGGCGAGAAUAUGCCCGCAGCAGCAGCAGCAGCAGCAGCAGCAGCAGCAGCAGCAAAACCGCGGCAUCAGAUCCUGCAGACGAUAUCCGAGUCCUUAAAGCCCAACCCGCAGCAGCGGCAGCAGCUGCAGCAGUUGAAGCAGCGGCUGCACGCGUCCAAGGCGUCGGCCGCAUCGGCCUUCAAGUCGCUCGGCCACGCCGUGGAAAGCGGCGUGGCUAAAGCCAGGGAGUCAGGCGUGGUGAAAGCCAUGCAGCACCCCACGCUCAAGACGCCCCCGGCGUCUUUCCGCGAGGCGGGGGAGGGCGAGGGGGAAGGGGAAGGGGGGAGGCGGAGGGGCACUUUAGGAGCGGGUGAGGAGGCAAGUGGAGGGGGAGGGGGGGAGGGCGGGGGAGGAGGUGGCAGGGAAGGGGGAGGGGUGGCGGUACCUGGGAGCUGGUGGGAGCAGGACAUGAGGGGCGUGCUAUCCAAGGGGCCCAUGCCGGGUGCGCUGGCGGGAGGCGUGGUGUUGGAGCAGGCGUUCGAUGCGGCUCCCCAUGUGCUCUUUGCGACACUUUUCAAGCCAGACGCUGCGUUCUUCCAAGAGUUUGCCAGUGAGCGCAAGCUAACCCAACUCAACGCUGGACCAUGGCUCUUUGACGACGGCUGCAGUGGCAGCAGCACUCCCAGCUCAACGAAUCUCACGCGCAGCACAGCCCACAAGGACUACAAGCCCCCAGACAACCCGCCCCCCCCUGCUGCUACUAGCCGAGGGGGUGCAGGGGAGGGGGAAGAGGAUGGCACCGUGAUGCACCGCACUGUAUCGUACAUGACCGCGCCGUCCUCCCUGGUCAAGUCCGUGCAGGCGACUGAGGAGCAGCGGUGCGUGAGGGCAGACGCAGGGGGUUUCUGGUGGCAGUCACUGCGAGGACGCCCGACGUGCCGUAUGGGGGCACGAGGAGGAAACGCGGCAGAGGGCAGUGGCGGUGGUGGCAGCGGUAGUGGUGGUGGUGCUGGCAGUAGCAGAGAGACGCCGCCUGCAGGGGGGACGGCCGGUGGGGGGUUGAAGUCGCAGUUGCGCGUGUCGUAUGAGCCGCACUUCCUGCAGAGCACCAUGAUGAGGAGCAUGAUAGAGAACGGCAUGAGGACGGGCAUCAAGGACUCCUACGCCACCUUCCUAACAGCACGUCCCCCUCUCGCAUCCCUCCCACCACCCACCUCCCUCUCUCCCGACCAACCCUCCACCCCCCCUCCUCUCUCCUCCCCACUCGCCCGCCUCCUCUCCCUCCUCGGCCUUUCCCCGACCUCCUCCCCUCAAAAACCGCAAUCGCCGAGGCGGCAGUCCGGGCGGCUGGCCCACUGCGCUGGUUAUCUUUUGCCUUGCGGCGGUGCUGCUGCCGGUGCACCUGGUGCUGGUGGCACGAGGGGGGCCGGGGUGGCGGCUCCGUUGUUGGACUUACCCGAUAGCGUUCUGGAGCUGGUGUGGUGUGCCGUGAUCCUGGCUGCAACCAAGCACGUGGUGGCGAUGGCAAGAGGCCUGCUUGUGUCCAAAUAUAUCAAGAAGGGCGACCACGGCAAGAAGGCAGUGGGGGAGGGUUGGCUGCUCACAGUGUCGCUGGUGGGAGGGGAGAACGUUGGGGACUCGGGGCUAGUCGUGAAGACAGAUCCAUUCGUUGUGUUCACGUGCAGUGGCAAGUCGAGAACCAGCUCCGUGAAACUGCAGACGAAUAUGCCAAGUGGAAAUGAAAUAAACUUCCUCCGGCAGUCCGUGCAGGACCUGGCGGACCUCUGGGUGCCCUGGAGGGCAGGCGGGCGAAAGUUCAAGCUGCCCGGAUCCAUGUCAGAGUGCUGCUGACCAACACAUCGGAUGCUGCUGGCCCUCCGUUGGUGCUGGAGAAGAUCAGCAAGGAAGUAGGCGCAAGGGUGGCGUGCGCGAGUUCUCGGCGGAGAAGAACUUGGCGUUUCAGCGGCUGUUUGACCUGCCGGACAGCGAGUACCUCAUCAACGACUUCUCCUGCAUCCUCAAGAAGGGGCUGCUCUCGCAGGGCCGCCUCUUCCUCUCGCCGCGUCUGCUCGCCUUCUACUCAUCUGUCUUUGGCACACGUAUCAAGUUUACCCUCCUUUGGGAGGACAUCGACGAGAUUCAGGAGAAUGCACCCUCCCUCUUCGACCCUCCCUCGCAAAAGGAGGGAAAGUCUCAGAAAACCUCGACGGCUCUGCCCACCUCCGCCGCUCAAAACACCUCCCAAGAGACCUCCACCGUGCAGAAAUCCUCCAGCACCCAACAGUCAUCCAUGACGACUUUUAAGCGCCUCUUGAAUCCCGCAGUCACCGUCUAUGUGAAAAAAGACAAGGGGGCGGUGGAAACCCGGGCGGCGGCGCACGGCGUGGACUCGGCCGGGCGACUGAAGAUCCGAUUCCAGUCGUUUGUGCGGCCGAGCAUGGCCUUCCGCCUUGUCAUUGCAUUAUGGCGCAACCGCAACCUCCCCACUGAUCAGCGGCUAGCCCGAGCUAAGGAGGAGGGGGAACGAGUGGGCAAUGUGGGAGUGGGCGAUGGCCUUGGUGCA